AAAAAAAUUCAAUGUAUUUUAGCAAAAGAGGGGUAUUAUAUUCUCCUCCGGCGACCAAAAUCCCCUAUUCCAAAUUUCAACUGGUAAUUUCUCAGCAGCGAUCGAGUCGUAAGAAGAAUAAGGAGAAAUGCUGCUGGCCGUGUUGAUUGCCAACUCCGAGGGGAACAUUCUCGUCGAACGGUUUAAUGGUGUGCCCGCAGAAGAGCGUUUGCAUUGGCGGUCUUUCCUAGUCAAGCUGGGAGCAGAAAAUCUUAAAGGAACAAAGAAUGAAGAGCUCCUCGUUGCUUGUCACAAAUCAGUUUAUAUUGUGUACACGUUGCUUGGAGAUGUCAGCAUUUAUGUUGUUGGCAAGGAUGAAUAUGAUGAACUUGCAUUGUCUGAAGCAAUUUUCGUGAUAACAUCGAGCAUUAAGGAUGUAUGUGGAAAACCUCCAUCGGAGCGCCUUUUCUUGGACAAGUAUGGAAAGAUUUGCCUGUGCCUGGAUGAGAUUGUGUGCAAGGGGCUGCUGGAGAACACAGAGAAAGAGAGAAUCAAACGGCUUGUAAGGUUGAAGCCGCCUGUUGAGUUCUGAGUGACCAUUCAUCGUCUUCUCCAUUUACUUGUCUGGAAAAGAACAAAAACUCUAUGGUGUCCAAUUCCUCUAACAAAACAAGUGCCUGUUUUGAAUACGCUCUCUUAAUCAUUAUUAGAGCAACUCCAAUGGUAAGAGAUGUCUUGGAGAGGUAUAUGUCUCAUUUACCUCUCCAAAUGAUCAAGUUUACCUUUCCAAAAAGUGUGCAACUCCAAUGGGGGAAGGUAAAUCAAAAGGCAAAAGAGGGAAAAAACACAUCUCCAUACAUGAUUGGGAAAAAAUUAGUUGAUUUACC